AUGAGGCUGAUCGUACUAAGUGUUUUGUUUGCGAGCUGCUACGCUCACCCGAAACAUGGGAGGAAGUUUCCUGAUGACUUCCUUUUCGGGACUGCCACAGCCUCCUACCAGGUGGAGGGAGCAUGGAAUGCUGACGGCAAGGGUGAAAAUAUCUGGGACCACAUGACCCACACAAUGCCAGAAGUGAUCGCUGAUCAAAGUAACGGUGACGAAGCAGCCGACUCCUACCAUAACUAUAAACGCGAUGUCGAAAUCAUGAGAGAACUUGGCUUAGACGCGUAUCGGUUCUCCCUUUCCUGGUCUAGAAUACUUCCCAAUGGCCAAGCCAAUAUCGUAAACCAAGCGGGCGUUGACUACUACAAUAAUUUUAUUAACGAAAUGCUUAAAUAUAACAUUACUCCACUGGUCACUCUCUAUCAUUGGGAUUUGCCCCAGAAACUACAGGACUUAGGUGGCUUUGUUAGCCCAUUAUUCCCCGAAUGGUUCGAGGAUUAUGCUAGGGUUGUGUUUGAAAAUUUCGGAGAUAGAGUAAAGCAUUGGAUCACAUUUAAUGAGCCCAGGGAAAUUUGUUAUGAGGGUUACGGUUCAAUCACAAAAGCCCCCAGGCUCAAUGCAACAGACGUCGGCACCUAUCUUUGCGCGAAGCAAUUGGUUAUAGCGAAUGCUAGAGCAUAUCAUCUAUACGACAAGGAGUUUAGGCCCAUUCAAAACGGCAAGUGUGGUAUAACUAUAAGUGUCAACUGGUUUGGGCCAUUGACAGAUUCUGAAGAGGAUCAAUCCGCUGCGGAGAUAAAGAGACAAGCCGAGUGGGGUAUCUAUGCCGAACCAAUUUUCUCGGAACAAGGUGGCUUUCCAAAGGAACUCUCUGAAAUCGUGGAGAGGAACAGUAAGGAGCAGGGCUACCCUAGAUCUCGUAUGCCAGAAUUUACCGACGAAGAGAGAGAUUUAGUUCGAGGCUCCACCGAUUUCUUCGGUGUUAAUCACUACACAGCUUCCUUGGUAUCGGCGAAUGAAGAAUAUAAAGAAUGGCACCCAACGCCAUCACUUCUUUCUGAUGCUGACGUUGGCGGCUAUGUUCCCCCGGAGUGGCCUAAAUCAGCAUCCAAGUGGCUAAAGCUUGCACCAAACAGUAUUUAUAAUGUAUUAACCCACCUCAAGAGUAAAUACAAUAAUCCCAUUUUGUACAUCACUGAGAAUGGCUGGUCAACAACCCCUGAAAGUGGUCUGGAAGACGAGGACAGAAUCACCUAUUAUAGAGCAGCAUUAAAUAGUGUUUUGGAUGCGUUGGAGGCAGGAGUAAACCUAAAGGGCUACAUGGCCUGGAGUCUUAUUGAUAACUUCGAAUGGAUGGAAGGAUAUCUAGAACGUUUCGGUCUGUACCAAGUUGACUUUGAGAGUCCAGAGAAGACCCGUACACCAAGAAAAUCUGCUUUUAUUUACAAAGAAAUCAUAAGAAGCCGAGUUAUUGAGCCUAACUAUGAGCCACCCAGCAGAACAAUGUGGAUUGAUGAAGGACACUAA